GACUGCGGCGUCAGUAAUGUGAGGCAGUGCACUGGCUUGUCCGGCCCCGGGCCCUGCAGCCCAUUACACCAUCCGCCGCGGCAGGCAGUGCAUCGCGAACGGCCUGGGAGGGCGGGUGCAGACAGCUCCGCGGGGCGGGGCGGAGCGAGCAGCGCGGCCGGAUUCAUUCCUGUGGGGCGCGGGGCAUGGAGGAGCUGUGCGGCCGCUGGCGGAGCGGUACACGGGCGACGGGGACAACGGUUUCCAUUUGAAGGGGCGGCCCGAGCCGGAGCAGCGGCCGGUGGGAGGACCAGCCCCGGGGCAGUGUGCUUUUCUGCUUCUCCGAUGUUGGAUAAUGCGGUAGGACAGAACACACUCGGUGGUUUUAUAUGCGUUCUUGGGCGCAGUGACUAACUUUGGACUUUGGCUCUUGUAACUUGCCUUGGUGGAGAGUUAAGCUGGAGCUCUGCUUUGAAGGAUAAAUAAAGCUUAGCCUCGACUGGACAUAAAUGGAUCUAAAGACGGCCGUCUUCAACGCAGCGCGCGAUGGCAAACUCCGGCUCCUCACCAAGUUGCUGGCAAGCAAAUCGAAAGAGGAGGUUUCCUCCUUGAUCUCAGAAAAAACAAAUGGGGCCACACCACUCUUGAUGGCUGCUAGAUAUGGACACCUCGACAUGGUGGAAUUCCUUCUAGAGCACUGCAGUGCUUCCAUAGAGGUCGGGGGCUCGGUCAAUUUCGACGGGGAAACCAUCGAGGGGGCCCCCCCUUUAUGGGCCGCUUCUGCCGCAGGACAUCUGAAGGUUGUCCAGUCUUUGUUAAAUCAUGGAGCGUCAGUCAACAACACGACUUUGACCAACUCAACUCCACUUCGAGCUGCGUGCUUCGAUGGCCAUUUGGAAAUAGUGAAGUACCUUGUGGAACACAAAGCUGAUUUGGAAGUGUCUAACCGACAUGGGCAUACAUGCUUGAUGAUUUCAUGCUACAAAGGACACAAAGAGAUUGCUCAGUAUUUACUUGAAAAGGGGGCAGAUGUUAAUAGAAAAAGUGUUAAAGGUAACACUGCAUUGCACGAUUGCGCAGAGUCUGGAAGCUUGGACAUCAUGAAGAUGCUGCUUAUGUAUUGUGCCAAGAUGGAAAAAGAUGGCUACGGAAUGACUCCUCUUCUCUCAGCAAGUGUGACUGGUCACACCAAUAUUGUGGAUUUUCUUACCCACCAUGCUCAGACCAGCAAGACAGAACGUAUUAAUGCUUUAGAGCUUCUGGGAGCUACAUUUGUAGAUAAAAAAAGAGACUUACUUGGAGCUCUGAAAUACUGGAAAAAGGCAAUGAACAUGAGGUACAGUGAUAGGACUAAUAUAAUUAGUAAACCAGUUCCACAGACACUAAUAAUGGCUUAUGAUUAUGCCAAGGAGGUAAACAGUGCAGAAGAGUUAGAAGGUCUUAUUGCUGAUCCUGAUGAGAUGAGAAUGCAAGCUCUAUUAAUUAGAGAACGCAUUCUUGGUCCUUCUCAUCCCGAUACCUCUUACUACAUUAGAUAUAGGGGUGCUGUCUACGCCGACUCUGGAAAUUUUAAGCGAUGCAUCAACCUAUGGAAGUAUGCUUUGGAUAUGCAGCAGAGCAAUUUGGACCCUUUAAGCCCAAUGACUGCCAGCAGCUUACUGUCAUUUGCAGAACUGUUCUCCUUUAUGCUACAAGACAGGGCUAAAGGCUUGCUGGGUACUACUGUUACAUUUGAUGAUCUCAUGGGCAUACUGUGUAAAAGUGUCCUUGAAAUUGAGCGAGCUAUCAAACAGACUCAGUGUCCAGCCGACCCAUUGCAGUUAAAUAAGGCUCUUUCCAUCAUUUUGCACUUAAUUUGCUUAUUAGAAAAAGUUCCUUGUACUCUAGAACAAGACCAUUUCAAAAAGCAGACCAUCUACAGGUUUCUUAAGCUGCAUCCAAGAGGAAAGAAUAACUUCAGCCCUCUGCAUCUGGCUGUGGACAAGAAUACUACAUGUGUAGGGCGGUACCCUGUUUGUAAAUUUCCAUCUCUGCAAGUUACUGCGAUCCUGAUAGAAUGUGGUGCUGAUGUGAACGUCAGAGACUCUGAUGACAAUGGUCCCCUACAUAUCGCUGCUUUGAACAACCAUCCAGACAUCAUGAAUCUCCUUAUUAAAUCAGGUGCACAUUUUGAUGCCACAAACUUACACAAACAAACUGCUAGUGACUUGCUGGACGAGAAGGAGAUAGCUAAAAAUUUGAUCCAGCCCAUAAAUCAUACCACAUUGCAGUGUCUCGCUGCUCGUGUCAUCGUGAAUCAUAGAAUAUAUUAUAAAGGGAAUAUCCCAGAAAAGCUAGAGACCUUUGUUUCACUUCAUAGAUGAUAAUGCGACUGUACUUCAGCACUGGUAAAGCACGAUUGGUAACAGUUGUUUCAUAAAUGAGCACUGUUGGGAUGACACCAGCAUUCAUUUAGCUUGAUAUCAUUGUGCUCUCAUUGGCUAAAGCAUUGUAAGCAUCAACUCUUCAGGAUUGGUUUCCCAGUAUUUAAUAUAAAUAUACCGUAUAAUAUAUUGUUUGUGAAUUAUUGAGAAAUGUAAUGUCAUAUUCAAAUUUCUAAAAUUGUCUGCCAAAGGCCAUUCUGAUUUUAUUUGCUGUUGGGUGUUUGGGACAGAGUUAACUGUUUUUCAGUGAUGUCUUUAUACUUUACUAGUUUGUGAAUUUUAUACAAUUGAAAGUCGUCCUUCCCUGGCUCCUAUUUCUUCUGUCUUCAAGUUUUGCCCGUAUCCACUUUUUUUCUCCCUAACCAUUUCUGCUACAGGGUUCCUGAACCUUUGGAUCCAUGCUAGAUCAUAGACCUUAUGGACUUGUUCACCAUUUGCAGUUACCAUAAGUGCUUUAUCUUCUCUAUGCACCGGCUUAAACUGGACUGUUGUGUGUUGGCAUAUUCUCUAUGCAGCAGUGGUCAGCUUCAACUCAAACCACUGUUUUCUUAUGUUAAGAAGUUCAUUUCACAGAAGUACUCUUAGAGCAUGUCAGUUUCUAGAGUUGCCGGUAAGCUGUUUGAACUCAAGCUUUUAAAAAUUUUAUGUUUUAUUUUGGUUUUGCUUUGUAUCUUCACAUCUGAGAUUUUUUUCUUCAGUCCACAGUUUUUUAUGCUAAAUUUGGGAAACAAAUCUAUUACAACUCAUUAACCCAGUUGAAGAAAUUUAGGUCUGUCAUCUUAGUAUAUCAUGCAGUAAAGGAAGAUCUUUCUAGAGUGACCUGCCUUUCAUACUGCUCCAGCGUUGUCCUGCUUGUGCUGAUGGUGUGACUAGGUAUAGAGAAUUUGCUUCAAUUUAACCUCAGAAUUUAUCACACAGCUUAAUGAGUCACAUUGAGCUCUUCAGUCAUUGAACUGCAGACCACUUUUAGUCACAAAAAGGCUAAAGCAUGUCAGUGGCAUGAUGCUUGCCAAGCCAGAUCUAAGCAUCUAAGAUAAUUAAGGUAUUUUAGUAUGCAAUUUACUGCCAUAGUAUCAAAGGUCAAUAACAGUGUUCUUUCUUUCUUCAAGUUUAUGUAUAUCUUUUAAAGAUAACGUGCAUGAAUUACUUUGAUCUCAAUUAUUUGUUGCCCUAUUAAACACAAAAGAUUGCACAGUGAUUUCUGUCCCCUUAAUGAAAGCGCCUCCCUCUCUUCUUUCCCCUCUCUGCCACCAUCCCUCCUCCCAGCAACCCUGCUCCUUUUAUUUUUCCCCCAUCUUAGAUUUGUUAAUGCUGCAGAAAGGGCUCUUUUGACUUAAGAAAAGAGAAGUGAAAAUUAAAAGGAUUCAAAUAAUCACUCAGCACUUUGCCAUUACUCAGUAGGAUUUACAGUGAAUGGUACAUUGCCCUGCAGAUGUCAGAGAAAUUGUUCUGAAUGACAUGCUCCUUACUGAUUCUAGAAAAAAAGUCAGUCACCUGUGAACUUCCUCAUCUGGGUCCCUUGGAUUUAGGGGAUGACAUUUUAUUCUGAGGGUUAAUGUAAUGCUAUUUAAAGAAUUGUAAUUGCAAACAGUCACAUUCAUCUUCAGUAAAAAAUUGUAAUGGGUAGUAAAUAAAGAACAUUAGACUUUUUCAUUAAACAAUUGAAGUUUAAUUCUUUAAAAGGUAUCCUUACUCAUUUUACUACAUUUUAAAUUACAUUUUACCAUUGGAAACAGAUUAGUUAUCAAUGGGCUCUAUAAAUCCUUUGAUGAAGAGGUUUUGCUAUGUUUUACUUACUCUGGACAAGUCUGAUAAAAUAUUUGAGCUGCUAUAUGUAAGAAUAAUAUGUCAUUUAGACAGUCUAGAAAUAGCAAGCAAUACUUUGAAAUCAUCUGCCUCUUGGUGGUAAGAAAAGAAAACUUGCCAUUUUAGUGAAUCAUUGGUUGAUCUCACUUUUUGGGUAAAAGAUGAAAAUUUGAUUUUAAGGAGUUUAAUAUCUGCCUCUCCACUUUUCCCAGAAGAAUCUGGCUUACAUGUUCUUAGAGCAAGGCACAACACUGUUUUACAGGUGGGCUAGAAUUGCAUAACCCUUUAUGAAAUAAGGAUGUCUUUCCAUAGUGGCUUCCUUCACUAAAAGUAGAAAACUUAAAACUGGUUUUUAGUCUUGAAAAAUGCAGUGCUAUAUUGCAUCAGGAUGCGGCUCUCCCUUUUCUGUUUACCCUCUCUAGAAAUGCCAUUGGCAGCUCUUAAAAAUCAGUUACGUAGCUCAAAAUUAGCCAUGAUUUUAUUUUAGAGUAAGUUGGUUCAGGAGUGCAACCUCAGAUAACUGUCACGGCUUUUAUCAGAAAAUUGUAAGACUGAGUAAAAUAAAAUUAAGUUUGUAAGUUGGUUUUUAUCUACAGUGAGGAAAUGAUCUAAUUGUACUUAUUUGAAUCAAACUAAACUGGACCCUGUAGCAUGCUAGUAUUGGCUGGAAUUAAUGUUCAGGUCUCAACAAUGUUUCUCCAGAAAUGCCUCUGAAUUUUAGUUGUUCCAUAAUGUUGAUCAUUUCUGUAAAAGAAGUGGUUAUUUUAUUCAGAUACCAGUCUACUUUCCAAAGGGAAAUGAAUUAAUAGGUUUUAAAAUGUCAUUUUUUUUUCUUGUCCUUAAGUCUGACAAGCAUAAGCCCAGAACAGCAAGAUAACCUGGUGCCCUUGAUGAUUUUGAAUUUAAAUGAUUACUCAUUUGCAAAGAAGGAAUUUGUAAUAUUUUUUUAAACCCCUUUACAAUAAGUUGAGAAAUUGUUUAGGUUGUAUUUGGAAAUUUAGCUUCUUGAAAUCAAAUUGCCCAGCAAAGCCCUCAGCUGAAUGCAUGGUGUGUUAACCCCUGUAAGUAGUUCCCGGCAGGGCCUGGGUGGGGAACGCAGUCUUAACCAUGGCCAGCAAGCACUGUGGCUCAGAACUUGAACCACUUUAUAGUUAGAUACUAAAGAAACUUGAAUUGCUUGUCAUCUUUUUUCAUUUUUUCCCCUUAUGUAUCACUAAACUAGUUUCUCUUCCUUUUGUUCAUUCCCAUUGUGUAUCUUAAAAGAAGUACUGUAUUCAGAUGCCAGCCAAUAAAUUGUCUCAAAUGGAAAAAUACGCCACAGCAUUGUAAGGUUUAAUAAAAUUAAGUUUGCACCAGA